UCUGCCGGCGAAACUACGAGCUUUAUGCCCCGUUCACAACGGUGGAGCGCCGAGGGGAGCGCGGGGCAGAGCGCGUCCCCUCGGGCCCUGCCCUGCCAAUGACCCUGGAGCUCCUGAAAUUCCCAGAAUCCCUCGAAUUUGGGAAUCGCCCCAGAGCCCGCAGCCCUCCUUGUGCCCAUCACCGGGACAUCCUCUCCCUCCCAGUGACCUCCCCCGCCGUGGCUACUCCAGCCCAUCCCAGUCCGUCCGAGUCCAUCCCGGUCACUCCCAGCGCUCCACGGCGCGUCCAUCUCGGUUGAGCGUGGAGAUAACGCCUCUCAGCCAAUCAGAGCGCGUCGCUCCGAUGACCCAUCUGUUGCUAGGAGGAUUAGAUUAGAGGGCCCUGCGAUGGACUGGGCCUCGCAGCGCCGCGCACGUCAUUCCCAGUUCCAUCCCAGUUCCUCCCAGUCCAUUCCCAGAUCCCUUCUAGUGCCUCCUCAGUCCCUCCCACUUCAUUCCUACUUCAUUCCCAGAGCACCAUCCUCAAUCCGAGGGACGCUCACCCCCUCCCAUUUCUCUCAGUGCCAUCCCAGUCUCUCCCAGUCCAUUCUCAGUCGCUCCCAGUCCCUCCCCAGUCCGCCUCCAGUCCCAGAGCACCAUCCUCAAUCCGAGGGACACUCACCCCCUCCCAUUCUCUCAGUGCCAUCCCAGUCCCUCCCAGUCCAUUCUCAGUCGCUCCCAGUCCCUCCCCAGUCCCCCUCCAGUCCAUUCCCGUACAUUACCAUUGAAUUCCCACUCCAUUCCCAGUCCAUCCCCAGUCCCUCCCAGUCCAUUCCCAGUCCCUCUCCUGCCCACCCCAGCCCUCCCCUCUCUCUCCCAGUGCCCCCCAGCUGAUCCCAGUAUGUCCCUGCUCUCUCUCUCUCCCACAGUGCCCCCCAGCGUUUCCAUCUCGCUGGCAUCCCCCUCGAGCUCCCAGCCCGGCCCCAGCCGCCUGCUCCGCUUCGUCAUGGAUUUCUACCCUGCCCACAUCCAGGUGAGGUGGUUCCAGGGCCAGCAGGAGCUCUCGGAGCACGUGGUGGCCACCGACGUGGUCCCCAACGGGGACUGGACCUACCAGCUCCUGGAGCUGCUGGAAACUCUCCCCCCCGGCGCGGGCUCACCUACACCAGCCAGAGAUGCCGCCGGACGCCACCCGCAGCAAGAUGCUGACGGGCAUCGGGGGCUUCGUCUUGGGCUUCGUCUUCCUGGCGCUGGGGCUCGGCUUCUACCUGCGCAAGAAGAGCUCCUGAGCCGCCGGCGGCCGCAGCCCCUGCCCGUGGGCUCGGGCCCCGCCGGGACCCCCCGCUCCGUCCCCGCUCCGCUGAUUUUGGGGGGUCCCGUGUGUCCCCCCAGCCCCGCCGGCGCUCUGCCCCCACCCAGUGCCCGCUCCCAGUGCUCCCAAUAAAGCUUCCCAGUUGGC